AACAAAGGAAUGCACGAAAUAAGAGUUUAUUGAAAUGAAGGGUAAUGUCAAAUGUGUGAUUUCGCAUGGAAAUUUCUAAAAGCUCCUUCCAAUAUAGUAAUUUUUCAAUUCUAUUUUCUCCAAAUUCAUUUCUCAAAAUGCAUUAUAAUGUAAUCAUCUCAUAAAAAAUCACUAAUCACUCAUCUAAUUUCAAAUUUUCAAAUUAAUUACUCUACUUGUACCUCUUAAACUCUCGAAGACAAAUCUACUUCAAACAGCAGUUACAGAAGACAACUGGAAUGCAUCAACUCUGCUAGAAGAGAGAGAAAAGGGAAGACGGACACUAAAAGACAGAGAGCUAGUGGAGAGUAGAGAGAGAGAGAGGAGAGAGAGAGAGAGAGAGAAAUGGCGAACGCUGGCUACGGCGAUGCGAGCCAGAAGAUCGACUACGUGUUCAAAGUGGUGCUCAUCGGCGACUCAGCCGUCGGCAAGUCCCAGAUUCUGGCCCGGUUCGCUCGCAACGAGUUCAGCCUGGACUCCAAGGCCACGAUCGGCGUGGAGUUCCAGACUCGAACCCUAGUUAUCCAGCACAAGUCCGUCAAGGCUCAGAUCUGGGACACCGCCGGCCAAGAACGAUAUAGAGCGGUUACUAGUGCGUACUACAGGGGUGCUGUCGGGGCUAUGUUAGUGUAUGACAUAACCAAACGCCAAACCUUUGAACACAUUCCACGCUGGCUGGAAGAGUUACGGGCCCAUGCCGACAAGAACAUCGUCAUCAUCCUCAUUGGAAACAAAACCGAUCUGGAAAACCUGCGGGCAGUUCCCACCGAGGAUGCUAAGGAGUUUGCCGAGAAGGAAGGGUUGUUCUUCAUGGAGACCUCAGCACUGGAAGCAACUAAUGUGGAGACUGCUUUCGUGACUGUGUUGACUGAAAUCUUCAAUAUAGUGAACAGGAAGAAUCUUGUGGCUGGUGAGGAACAAACCAACGGCAACCCUGCUUCGCUGGCUGGCAAGAAGAUUCUGAUUCCUGGCCCUGCGCAAGUAAUCCCUGAUAAGAGCAAGAUGUGUUGUACAUCGGCGUGAUUUCUUUGACUCGUAGGUUUUUGAAUUUGGAUGUUUGUCGACGUGAAUUUCGAUAUCUGGGUAUAUUAUGAUUUCUUGUAUAUCUUCGUUUACUAUAGCUUACUGUGCAUGAGGGAGUGAUUACAUGUUUUGAAGGAAAAACGGCGAGGAUGAAACUUGUUGCAGAUUGUCUAUUACUGAUCUUAAUGGUCUUCAGCUUUUAGUUCUAUUCCAAAGUUCCUUUAUCGAA